GUCUGUCUAGGAGAAUCCCUGUCCCUCUCAGAUUUUACAGGCCCUAUAUUUCUGUUCUUAACGAGACGGCAUUCCGCCAAGCAAUUAGGAUUGCACAUGGUCGUGACAGAAUGGAAGUGAUUCACGGGAGGAUUGGGACUCUGCGACCCCGAGCUACCGCCUGCUUUAGCCACUUGAAGGACCAGACUGAGAAAUGCACCAGUUCUAGUUGUAUGUCAGAACUCCGAGUCUUUGAACAUUCUCUGUGCUCUGUCCAAUAUCUUAUCAUAAUGUUCUCGUAUCUGUGGCUGCCGUAUUAGGGAUGCUUCUUGCUGCGAGAAAAUGAUGGGAGCCAAUGGACCAUGCCAAAAAUCUACUCCCGGUAGUGUAAGGCCUGCGUUUGCCGCAAUCUCGUACGCGUCGAGAAAGAAUUGUUGUCGCUGCGGACUCUGGUGAGCUUAGGGUAUAAAGCUUAAAGACUGGGCGAUAUUAGGCAAUAGUUAUCAUGGUCCUUCUCUUGGGCCAGCAUUGGCCAAUUUUCCUUCCCUCGCCACGUCUUUGCUCUUCUCGUCACGACCGUCAUGAUGGUCCAUCUCCUGCUUCUAUGAGCAGGAGUAUGAGGCUGCUCGUUGCUCGCUCGCUCAGCGACUGCCAGGAUACCCUCCGCCGCGUUGUAUGGUGCUGGCUGAUGAGCUCAACCGCAAACAUGGUCUCUCCAAUGAAGACGUUCUGGCCACAAGGUGUAAUCUGGCUGCUGAAUCCGACUGCUUCCUUGGACGGAACUACGACCCGUGUGCUCAACCAGAAAUCAGUCACAUUGACAGCGAAUGUGUUCGCUCAAGAGGGAUCUAAAUUUACGUCGAUAUCUCUACUUGUGAACCUUGGCAACGGUGCCAGUGGUGGUUCAUCUGUCGAGAGAACAACAUCCUCAAAACGGGCAUAUCCACCUGUCGCCUCGAUGAAGACCUCACCUCGUGCAGAUAUCGCUCAGCCCGAAUCGACUAUCACAAUAAUCAUUCGACUUCUGACCUCGGCAGGCCUCUCUGAGGGCCAAAAGUUGCAAGUAGCUCAAACCGUAACGUCAACGUUAGCGAUAAGUUAUGACGGAACGUCAGCUGCAGGUCCAGAAUCGCUUUCUGACGGAUGUUUCUCCCAAAAAAACACGUUUGCCAACAUUCCUACAGAUAACUUUGACUGCGCAUGUACCGAGCCUGACUGCUCCUAUGUUCACCCCACUAUAAUAUCCGUGGCCAUCGAACUGGACACAUUGAUAGACAGCGAUCUACUGCUUUCAAGUUGGGCUCUUCUCAGGGUAGUAAAGUUUUGCGCCGGCUGUUUCGAGUGUUUCGUAAUGUUUUCACGACUACGGGACCUAGAAUAACGGUGUGUCAAUGGCAAGGGGCCUCGAAUGUACUGAACGC